AUGCCUUGUUUGAUGCAGUCCAACUAUAUAAGACUAUCAACUUCCAUCAAGCCACAAUUCACAUGUGGCUCCGACUGGUACUCGAGCCGCACGAUGGAGGUUCAAUCCAUAAAAGCUAGCGUAGGUGCUGGUGAUGUACACGUCGGCACCCAACCUGUGGAGUUAGGUAUUGAGGCUCAACAAAUUGGGCUUGAAAGAGUCAUCCGACACAAAUUCGACAGGCGAGUUCUGCCUCUGGGUAUUGCUGUGCACAUAUUGUCCACGAUUGACCGUAGCAAUAUGAGCAAUGCCGUGGUGCUUGGACUGAGGGAGGAUACUGAUCUUUCGGGAAAGCGCUUCAAUGUUGUGCUUGCUCUCUUCUUCGUCACUUACAUAGUGUUUGAGAUACCCGCAAACCUCAUGUGCCAAAAAUUCGGUCCUCGUCUUUGGCUUAGCUUCAUUACAUUUGGUUUUGGAGCGGCAACUGUUGGCACAUCAUUUACGCACAAUUACCCAGGUGUCCUUGGCUGCCGACUGCUACUUGGCAUGUUUGAAGCAGGUGUUCAGCCAGGCCUCCUCUAUACCUAUUCACAGUUCUAUCGGAGACAUGAAAUGGCCUCUCGCUGGGGAAUUAAAGCCGUUGGUGGAUCUGUCGCAGGCGCUUUUGGGGGCCUCCUUGGCAGCGCCUUGGGCAAUGUCCCGAAAACUGGCAUGUUUGAGCGUUGGCGCUGGAUAUUUCUCGUCGAGGGCUUGAUGACCAUUAUUGUGUCUGGUCUCGUCUACUGGUAUAUGCCGGCGUCGGCGGCCGAGGCGAGCUUCCUCACCCACGCCGAAAAAGAAGUUGCGAUCAGACGAAUUGACCAAGAAAAUAAAAUGAUGGUUGGAGGGAAAGAUCUCGGUGCAUGGAGUCUGUCUGUCAUGAAGAGAGCGCUAUGGAAUGCAAAUACGCAGCUGGUGUCACUUGCGAUCAUGAUGACUCUGCUAUCAAUGACAGCAUUAUCACUCUUCAUGCCCUCUCUGCUUAAAUCCAUGGGCUAUACGUCUACCCAGGCGCAGUUGCUUACGGUACCGCCUUACACGGUUGCAGCAUGUAUCUGCAUAGCGGCAUGCUUUGCAUCAGAUCGUUUCCAAACUCGCGGCAUGGUGUUGCUUCUGCUGUCGCCUUUGAUGAUGGCUGGCUUCCUCAUGCUUGCUCUUGCCUCAUCAACUGCUGUUCGCUAUUUCGCUUUUUUCCUCACCACGUCGGCGACCUUUUCCUGCUCGCCGAUUCUACUUGCUUGGGUGAUGAGCAACUCGGCAGGGCCAAGCGUGCGGGUCAUAGUGGGCGCUUAUGUGGUUGGUGAAGGGAACAUUGGAUCAAUUAUCGCGACAUGGACGUAUCUUGCUACGGACGCGCCUCGUUAUGUGAAAGGUCAUUUGGUUAACUUUGGGGGAUCCUGUAUUCUAUUCCUUACAAUUGGAGUGACCACACUCUAUCUUCGAAGAGAGAACAGGGCCAGGGACGAGGGUCAACGAGAUGACCGACUUGCCGACGCUACAGAGGAUGAGAAAUGGACCUUGGGUCACAGUCAUCCCGAGUACCGUUUCACAGUCUAG